CAAAGAAAAGAGCAAGUACUAACUAAUUAACUAAGAAGCUCACCUCGCGGACCGCCAUUUUGCCCCGCGGCCAAUCCUCGGCUUGUUGAAUGUCAGCCAGCGGCAAAGCGCCUGACCAUCACGCCCUCAAUCUCACACACUCUUGCGGCUGGCAGUCUCUUGUCCCUUUCGCAGCCGCGUUGGUCAUCCCUUUCCUGAUCAAAUUGCUGUCAGCAGGGAAGAACUGGUGCUGGUCUUUCUUCGGGGCGCGUGCUUCUCUCCUUCACAUCGCCCGAGUCACGAGACCCCCCUCCUGGCCGAAGAUUUGCCUUCGACGCCCAAAAGUCCGAACGUUCUCGAUUGAUUUCCUUUUUUUCAAAACCUUUGCAUCCACUGUCUAUCUGCUUUUUGUUUUUUGCCAAUUAUUCCGCCUUCUUCUUUUCUCUCUCCUCAGGUAGAAGACCGUACCCCAGAAUCAGUCUUCUCCCCUUUCAUAAUUCACGCCUGCUACACGCUACCCGGAAACGCGGUUCUGCCUUAUCCCUCCCCCAAUCCUGGCCUCGUCGCGCCAC